AGUCGAUUUACUGGGUAAGUGGCUAGCCUUGCUGCUUCAGUUUACACCUCUGCAAAAUAAAAAGGGUAAAUGGAACCUGAUUCCGCGAUCCGGAGGGCCCCUUUCAGUUCGAAGUCCCUGAUUUCUAGUUUCCUACCUCCCUGUUUUGCAUAGUGGCCUCGUCGGGGGGGCGGGACCCGCGGGGUGAAUCCCCAUGAGGUUGCACAAGUCUGUGCCUGUGUUGCAAGGAAAUGAUCGGGCCGUGAAUCCGGCCCCUGGAAUCGAAAGAGCAAGAGAGGCUGAUGGUGCCGGCAGUCCUUUGGGGCGCACGCAGCGGAGUCACAUGCCUGAUGACUAGCAAGCUUUGACCAAAGCUAACAUGAGCUGAGUUGGCUGUUCUCCAGACAGGCAAAGAAGGGGAAGCAGCUUCUUAUGAAGAUGGCAUAAAGUUUGGACAGAGUUGUUCAGGGUUUUCUCUACACCAUGGCAUAUGACCUUCCUCAGGACCCAGCUGGGGUGCCUGGACCCUCUCUCACUUCCUUUUCUGACUGGAGCAGUCUCAUUCAAGAGGAUAAUUCCUGCCUGGAGAGAAGAGGACUUAGCAAUGGCCAGCUCCUCAUGGUCCUAAGUAUUGACAGUACCUGUGAGGCAGCCUCCUUCAAUUUAGAAGUCUCUCAGGAGAAACUGAAGGCCUGGGGGAUUCAGGUGCCUACAGAGCAGUACAAGAGUCUAAUUGAGACCGCCGUCUUGGAUCCCCAAGUGAGAAGAUUUGUGUUCUAUAACUCCAGGCCUUUCCAGCUAGCCAUUGCUGUGGUUUUCUACAUAGCAAUGUGGGCCAAUCUGUAUUCCACCAGCCAGAUGUUUUCUUUGGGAAGACACUGGGCAGCUGUGGUUCUUGUGACCCUAGGCACUGUGUUAGCUACUGUCAUUCUCAUUUUCAUCUUUGAUAGGCACCAAAGGAAGGCAAACAUGAACACAGACCUCCGGUUGGCAGCUGCCAAUGAAACACUGAUGCCAUACCACAUGCUCCUGGGAGUGACUGGCGAGGUGGAAGGCUGCCAGAUGGUGCUGCAGCUUUGGUUUGUUUACUUCCACUUAGAGAGCUGUCUCCAGUCCUUAUCUGACUGUAUCCGAGAACUGAAGACCAAUGAAGAGUCAGUGCUAAGACACCGCCUGAACCAAUUCCAAGUGGUGGUGGAGACGGUGGUGAGCCCUGCUCAGGAUCAGGAAGAAGAUAGUGAGCGACUGCUGGAGGAAUCUCCUCUGCUGCCCCAUGGAGGAACGGAGCCAAGCAAGGGAGUGGUCACUCGGAUGGAGCUGCACCAUCUCAUUCCAGAUGCUGCACCAGAGGAAGUGAGCGAAUUCCAGAGGCUGUUCCCUACCUCACUUCCUGUGUCUCACAAAUGCCAAUGGUUGGCUCUAGCUUGGCUUAGGACAGCCCAGGUGGGCAGUUAGUUAUUUCUGAUUUGUCAUUGACUAGCACAUGCCUGUGUAGUGUGGGUGUGCACAAUUUUUGGGUGCUAGACCAAGAUGGAGACUUUUAAAAUUCACAGAAGGCACUAUAUAAAUGCUUUAAGAAAUUUCACUGAAGAGUAAAAACACUGAUGAAAAGCAACUGCUUGACUACAGGGGUUGAGGGGAUAUAACUGAGGAGAGACUAAAUGAACACUCUCAUGCAAAUACCAACAUGGAAAUGGGUUCGAAUCAAGGACACAUGUGAUACCCAGUGGAAUCGCACGUCAGCUAUGGGAGAGGUGAGGGGGGGAGGAAAAGAAAAUGAUCUUUGUUUUCAACGAAUAAUGUUUGGAAAUGACCAAAUAAAAUAAUGCUUAAAAAAAAAAAAGAAAUUUCACUGAAGGGGGCAGCUGGGUGGCUCAGUGGAUUAAGAGCUAGACCUAGAGACAGGAGAUGCUGGGUUCAAAUCCGGCCUCAGACACUUCCUAGCUGUGUGACCCUGGGCAAGUCACUUAACCCUCAUUGCCUAGCCCUUACCUCUCAUCUGCCUUGGAACCAAUACACAGUAUUGAUUCUAAGGUGGAAAGUAAGGGUGUAAAAAGAAAAAGGGUCACUGAAGCAGAUUUGUAGUCAUAGAACUUAGGGACAUUAAGUCCAAGCCCCCUCAUUUUAAUGAGUUUACUAACUAACUGAGGCCCAGGUCAAUUCACUGACUUACUUAGGUCCAUACUCAACUACUAAGUGUCUAAGGUAGGAUUUGAACCCCGGUCUUCCUUACUCUUAAUUCCAGUGCCCUAUACACUGCAUCAUGCUUUUAAUUUUAGUUCAAAGUAAGGAAAAUCCCCCCUGUCCAUUAUACUGUCCCAAAAUGGAGUGAACAGCCUCAGAAAUCCUCCCUAAGGGGAGUUUAAACAAAGGCUGGUUGAUCAGUUGUCAGAUAUACUGUAGAAAGGAUUCCUUUUAUUUAGGGAGAGGGUAUCAUCGCCUCGAGUUUCAGAUACAGCUUCCCUCCCUUCUACCACCCAGAGAGCUAUUAAGAAUUUUAAGAAAUAAAAAUUGUUCUGCAAAACUGACCAAUAUAACAAUUUAUGCAUCAUUCUGCAACCAUGGUCCCCUACUUCUGCAAAAGAGGGAAGUCAUUGCAUCUUUAAUCACUUCUUCAGAGGAGGAAUUCCUUUUUGUCUCUGUCCAAAAUACCUGCCUACUGUAACAUUCUGUGAUUCUAUGUGAUUCACUAGUGAAAAGAACAAUACUCUUAUUUUAAGGUUACCUUCAUUUUCCAAAAUAAUACCAUUGACCCACCAAAGAUAAGACAUGCAUUUUGUAUUUCUGUAAUAGUGAGGAUAUGCUACAUUCUUCUUUUUCCCUCACCUCCAAGACCUUAGUUUGGGCAUCACCUUCAGGAAACUUCCUCUGAUGUCUCCUGGUCAGGAAUGAUAUCCUUUUUCCUCUUUGCCCUCACAGCACUUGGUGCCUCUUUUUUUACAUGGAGCAUUUUUAGUUUUUAUGUUUUACUUUUUCAUGUGCUUGCUUUAUCUACUCCUAUCAGAUUGUUGGCUCCUUGAGGCAACAUGUAUAUAAUGGCACCCUCCCACCCCUCAUUGCACUAAUAGGUGCUUGUGCAAUCUGCUUCUUAGAUAGAGAAGGAUUCGUUUGAGUUAGUGAGUCAUAGAAUAUUUAAGAUUUUUGUACCUUCUCUUAAAAACCUCAGCCCAUUUGGUGCUGCCAAGCAAAGGCCCUUCUUGAAUCAGCCCCUUCUUUCCUUCUUUGGGACUUGUUAAAGUUAAUAAAAACAAUGUGCUGUAUCACGGAAAUGAAAGAUUUUGCCGUGAAAUCCUUUCCACACUGCAUAUAUCUCUGGCUUACACUAUAUUCAUGAAAAAUUGAGUGAAAAUUUCAUUUUCGUGAAUUGAAUCUCAUUCUGUGUGCCCUGGGGGAACCACAAUUUGAAAAAAUCCUGUGAUCCCUUUUGUAAAGCAAAAGCCUUGAUUUAUUACAUCCGUUCAUCCAGUUUCCUUUCUUUGCAAGCAUAGAUUUCCAUGUGGCUGUUUUUAUUUUUUUAAAGGAAGUCCAAAAGGGUGCUAAUAUGGUUGGUAUACCCUUUCUCUGUAGCCUACAUGUCUGCCAAAGCAACACCUGGGCUGCUUUCUUUAUUUCCUUCCUUCCUUCCUUCCUUCCUUCCUUCCUUCCUUCCUUCCUUCCUUCCUUCCUUCCUUCCUUCCUUCCUUCCUUCCUUCCUUCCUUCCUUCCUUCCUUCCUUCCUUCCUUCCUUCCUUCCUUCCUUCCUUCCUCUCUCUUUGUUUUGUUCAUUAAAUUUUUUAAAAAUUUUAUUUAAUUAGUCAAUUUAGAACAUUUUUCUUUGGUUACAAGAAUCAUAUUCUUUCCCUCCCCUCCCCUUCCCCCUUCCUGUAGCCAAUGCGCAAUUCCACUGGGUUUUACAUGUGUCCUUGAUCAGAACCUAUUUCCAUGUUGUUGAUGUUUGCACUAGGAUGAUCAUUUAGAAUCUACAUACCCAACCAUAUCCCCCUUGACCCAUGUAAUCAAGCAGUUGUUUUUCUUCUGUGUUUCUGCUCCCACAGUUUUUCCUCUGAAUGUGAAUAGCGUUCUUUCCAGUUGUUCUGGAUCUGCAUUGCCACUAAUGGAGAAGUCCAUUACAUUUGAUUGUACCACAGUGUAUCAGUCUCUGUUUAUAAUGUUCUCCUGGUUCUGUUCCUCUCACUCUGUAUCAAUUCCUGGAGGCCCUUCCAGUUCACAUGGAAUUCCUCCAGUUCAUUAUUCCUUUGAGCAUAAUAGUAUUCCACCAACAAUAGAUACCACAAUUUGUUCAGCCAUUCCCCAAUUGGAGGGCACCCCCCCCCAUUUUCCAAGUUUUUGUCACCACAAAGAGCACAGCUAUGAAUAUUAUUGUACAAGUCUUUUUCCUUAUUAUCUCUUUGGGGUACAAACCCAGCAGUGCUAUGGCUGGAUCAAAGGGCAGACAGUCUUUUAGCAGAUUUUGGGCAUAGUUCCAAAUUGCCCUCCAGAAUGGUUGGAUCGAUUCACAAUUCCACCAGCAAUGCAUUAACGUCCCAACUUUGCCACAUCCCCUCCAGCAUUCAUUACUUUCCUUUGCUGUCAUGUUAGCCAAUGUGCUACAUGUGAGGUGAUCCCUCAGAGUAGUUUUGAUUUGCAUCUCUCUAAUUAUAAGAGAUUUAGAACACUUUUUCAUAUGCUUAUUGAGAAUUUAGAUUUCUUUACUUGAAAAUUGCCUAUUCAUGUCCCUUGCUCAUUUACCAAUUGGGGAAUGGCUUGAUUUUUUUGUACAAUUGAUUUAGCUCAUUAUAAUUUGAGUAAUUAGACCUUUGUCAGAAGUUUUUGUUUUGAAGUUUUUUUCUCCAAUUUGUUGCUUCCCUUCUAUUUUUGGCUGCACUGGUUUUGUUUGUACAAACCCUUUUUAAUUUAAUGUAAUAAAAAUUAUUUAUUUUACAUUUUUACUCUUCUGUGUUCACCUAAUUUACUUAUAGUUUCCUUCUUUAUAUUCAAGUCAUUCACCCAUUCUGAGUUUAUCUUGAUGUAGGGUGUGAGAUGUUGUUCCAAACCCAAUCUCUCCCAUACUGUCUUCCAGUUUUCCCAGCAGUUUUUGUCAAAUAGUGGAUUUUUGUCCCCAGAGCUGGGAUCUUUGGGUUCAUCAUAGACUGUCUUGCUUUGGUCCCUUACCCCAAGUCUAUUCCAUUGAUCCUCCUUUCUGUCUCUUAGCCAGUACCAUAUUGUUUUGAUGACCGCUGCUUUAUAGUACAGUUUAAGAUCCAGUACUCCUAGGCUACCUUCCUUCACAUUUUUUCAUUAUUUCCCUUGAUAUUCUUGAUCUUUUGCCUUUCCAAAUGAACUUUGUUAUGUUUUUUUAUAAUUCAGUAAAAAAGUUUUUUGGUAAUUCAAUGGAUAUGACACUAAAUAAGUAAAUUCAUUUGGGUAGGAUUGUCAUUUUUAUUAUGUUAGCUCGUCCUACCCGUGAGCAAUCAAUGUUUUUCCCAUUGUUUAGAUCGAGUUUUAAUUGUGAGGAGAGUGUUUUGUAGUUGUGUUCAUAUAGUUUCUGUGUUUGUCUCAGGAGAUAGAUUUCAAAGUAUUUUAUAUUGUCUAGGGUGAUUUUAAAUGGAAUUUCUCUUUCUAAUUCUUGCUGCUGAGAUGUGUUGGAGAUAUGUAGAAAUGCUGAUGACUUGUGUGGGUUUAUUUUGUAUCCUGCAACUUUGCUACAGUUGUUGAUUAUUUCCACUAGCUUUUUAGUUGAUUCUCAAGGAUUCUUUAUCUUUAUCAUAUGAUAUCAUCCGCAAAGAGUGAUAGCUUGGUCUCCUCCUUGCCUAUUUUAAUGCCUUUAAUUUCUUUUUCUUCUCUAAUUGCUACUGCUAGUGUUUCUAGUACAAUGUUAAAUAAUAGAGGUGAUAAUGGGCAUCCUUGUUUCACUCCUGAUCUUAUUGGGAAUGCAUCUAGUUUAUCCCCAUUGCAGAUGAUGUUUGCUGAUGAUUUUAGAUAUAUACUGUUUAUUAUUUUUAGGAACGACUCUUCUAUUCCUAUGCUUUCUAGUGUUUUCAGUAGGAAUGGAUGUUGUAUUUUAUCAAAGGCUUUUUCUGCGUCUAUUGAGAUAAUCAUGUGAUUUUUGUUGGUUUGCUCUUU